AUGGCGCCUCAUGGAGAAGCUAAUGCUACCACUUACUCCACACCCACCAGAAACAUCUCCAAGUCCAAACCACCAAGGCUCUCAUUCUCAUCCGAUAGCCUUAAGAGAAGCAUAUCGGAUAUCUCAUUCGAACUCAGCAAGGAGAGCUCUAUCGAGGAUAUCAAAGAACUUCCACCCAUUUCAGAGGUUGAAGAUGCGAGGUGCGAGUGCUGUGGCAUGAGCGAAGAGUGCACGCCCGAGUACAUAGACAAAGUGAGAAACAAGUACUUGGGGAAGUGGAUUUGUGGGCUCUGUGCUGAGGCAGUGAAAGAAGAGCUGGAAAAAAAUGGAGGAAACAUUGAAGACUCCUUGAAUGCACAUAUAAGUGCAUGUGUUAGGUUUAACAAGUAUAGCAGGGCUUAUCCUGUUUUGUUCCAAGCUGAAGCUAUGAAAGAUAUGUUGAAGAAGAGCAAACUAGAAGGUAGGAGCAUGAGAGCCAAGUCCAUCAGUCCUACGGACAAAGCAGGGUCAAGGAAGGGUGUGAUUGCUCGGAGUUCGAGCUGCAUUCCGGCCAUUACUAAGGAGAUGAGAUAA